CCCUACAACCUUCCUCCGGGAAUGGUCCCCUCCUUCCCUCUCCACAGUCAUUCCCUCCCCCUUCCCUCCUCUGCAUGACCGCUCUCUCCCUCCACGCACAGUGGAUGAAGACGCUGUCAGGAGAGUCAAGGAUCCAAAAACAGGCCUUGAGAAAUGUGGCUCUUAUACCUCCUGGUGCCAGUCCUGUUCUGCAGGGUGGAAGGCUCCAUCCCCAUCCCUCAGAAGCUUUUUGGGGAGGUGACUUCCCCUCUGUACCCCAAGACUUAUCCCAACAACUUUGAAACAACCACUUUGAUCACGGUCCCCACGGGGUACAGAGUGAAGCUUGUCUUCUGGCAGUUUGACCUGGAGCCUUCUGAAGGCUGUUUCUAUGACUAUGUCAAGAUCUCUGCUGAUAAGAAAACCCUAGGGAGGUUCUGUGGGCAACCAGAUUCUCCACUGGGCAACCACCCAGGAAAGAAGGAAUUUGUGUCCCAAGGGAACAAGAUGCUGUUGACCUUCCACACAGACUUCUCCAAUGAGGAGAAUGGCACCAUUAUGUUCUACAAGGGCUUCCUGGCCUACUAUCAAGCUGUGGACCUCGAUGAAUGUGCUUCCCAGCGCAACUCAGUUGAGGAGAAUCCCCAGCCCAAGUGCCAGCAGCUGUGUCACAACUAUAUUGGCGGCUACUUCUGUUCCUGCCGUCUAGGCUAUGAGCUUCACAAGGACAGACAUUCCUGCCAAGCCGAGUGCAGUAAUGAGCUGUACACAGAGCCCUCGGGCUACGUCUCCAGCCUGGAGUACCCCCAGCCCUACCCCCCCGACCUGCGCUGCAACUACAGCAUCCGGGUGGAGCGCGGCCUCACCAUUAAGCUCAAGUUCCUGGAGCCUUUUGAAAUCGAUGACCACCAGCAAGUACACUGCCCCUAUGACCAGCUACAGAUCUAUGCCAGCGGGAGAAACAUGGGCGAGUUCUGUGGGACACAGAGGCCCACUGACCUUGACAUCAGCGGCAAUGCUGUGGAUCUGCUGUUCUUCACAGAUGAGUCAGGGGAAAGCCGGGGCUGGAAGCUGCACUAUACCACUGAAGUCAUCAAGUGCCCCCAGCCCAAGACCCUAGACGAGUUCACCAUCCUCCAGAACCCACAGGCUCAGUACCAGUUCCGUGACUACUACAUUGCCACCUGCAAACAAGGCUACCAGCUCAUGGAGGGAAAACAGGCACUGCUCUCCUUCACAGCUGUCUGCCAGGAUGAUGGCACAUGGCAUCGUGCCAUGCCCAGGUGCAAGAUCAAGAACUGUGGGCAGCCCCGAAGCCUGACUAAUGGGGACUUCAAUUAUACCACUACAAAGGGAGUGAACACCUACCAAGCCCGUAUCCAGUACUACUGCCAUGAGCCGUAUUACAAGAUGCAGACCAGACAUGGCCUCAGCGAGUCCGAGCGAGGGAUGUAUACCUGCACAGCCCAGGGCAUUUGGAAGAAUGAAUACGGAGGAGAGAAGAUUCCGCGGUGUUUGCCAGUGUGUGGGAAACCCGUCAACCCUGUGGAACAGAAGCAGCGCAUCAUUGGAGGGCAAAAAGCCAAGCUGGGCAACUUCCCGUGGCAGGCGUACACCAACAUCCACGGGCGAGGGGGUGGAGCCCUGCUGGGCGACCGCUGGAUCCUCACGGCUGCCCACACCCUCCGCCCCAAGGACCACAGCGCACAAAACAAUGACAGCGUGGAUGUUUUUCUGGGCCACGUAAGCGUGGAAGAGAUCACAAAAAUGGCACACCACCCUGUCCGCAAGGUCAUCAUCCACCCAGACUACCGCCAGGAAGAGUCUCACAAUUUUGAGGGAGACAUUGCCCUGCUGGAGCUGGAAAAUAGUGUCACCCUGGGCCCCAACCUUCUCCCCAUCUGCCUCCCUGACAACGACACCUUCUAUGACUGGGGCCUCAUGGGCUAUGUCAGUGGCUUUGGGAUAAUGGAGGACAGGCUUUCUCACGAUCUCAGGUUUGUCCGUCUGCCCGUAGCUAAGCGAGAGGCGUGUGAGAGAUGGCUCCGGGGAAAAAGGAGGAACGACGUGUUUUCUCAGAACAUGUUCUGUGCUGGGGACCCGUCUUUAAAGCAGGAUGCCUGUCAGGGGGAUAGCGGAGGGGUCUUUGCAGUGAGGGAUCAAAAUAACGAUCGGUGGGUAGCCACUGGCAUAGUAUCCUGGGGCAUCGGGUGCAGCAGGGGGUAUGGCUUCUACACCAACGUACUCAACUACGUGGACUGGAUCAAGAAAGAGAUGGGGGAAGAGGACUGAGCCCAGAAUUCACUAGGUCAGAAUCCAGAGAGCAGUGUGUAAAAAGAAAAGAAAAAUCAUCUGACCAACUCUUGAUAACCACGAAGAAUCCAUAUUAAAAUCACUGAUGCAGAAA